AUGCCUGGUGUUUCGUCCGGAAAUCUUCGAGUUGUAGAGAAAUAUUCAACUGAAAAAGAUUUUCCGAAAUUAGACUGCUUUAUUAACAAAAUCGCUAAUACUCCUUACUUCUACAACGCUACGUCUACUCUUUUGUUCGAUACUGAUGUCUUUUCCAUUGAUAAUAUUUCAUCAAAUGGAAUUUUCUCGGAUACUAAGGAAUUAUCACUCGGAAACUUCCCAUAUAGCUCUUCCUUGUUCUACGACCUCAAUAUGCACCAGCCAACUAAAAUUGGAGUCGUAUUUUUCCAGCAUUUGAUGAAUACAAGGAUUACAAGGGAAAUUCCAGGGUCAGAGUAUCAACGCAAUGUACUUAGUAUCAAACGACCCAACCUGCGUGAAAACUAA